AUGGUCCUUCAGAAUCUGACAAAAGUGAAGAAUUCAUUACAGAUGAUGAUGAUGAAGACAUUACAUCCAUAUAAUAUUACUUCUAAAGAAGUAGAAGAGCCAGCAAAUAUGCCUCUAAUUAAAAAUAUAUCAUGUUUAAGCUAUGAGGAAGUUAAAGACAAAUAUGGUUCUCAGUUACAUAUUAAGGGCUCAUCUCAGCUUCAAGAAGAGCAACUCUAUAUUGGUAUUCCUCCUGGAACAGCAUUGUCGCCCAAUUUAGUGACUGUAUUAAAAGAAAUUAUUCGUGGUCGAUCUCAAGGCGUGUAUCAAGCUUCACUUACUAAAUUAUUAAAUCUGGAUAGUCGUUCUACUGGCCAUUAUUGUAAAAGUUUGGAAGAAAAAGGUGCAAUCACGAGAAGCGGUGUUUCAAUUAACAGUAUGUUUACCAAUAUUUGCGUUCACGCCAGAUUUCAUGUUCAAAAGUCAAAAGUUGUUUUGGACAAUAAAGGCAAAGAUAAAAACCCAGGCGAUGUUCCCUAUAAUGUUAAUAUAGAUGGUAAAGCUUUUUCUCAAAAAGAUGUACUUGAUGCUUUAGUUACGUUUGCGAAAGAUGCAUCGAAUCAGGUUGUUGUAGGGUGGGAUGUACUGCACGCAUUGGGUUUCAAUUCUACUAAAAUGUCUGUGCGAAAAUGGUUCAAUCGUACUGUAGAUGAAAUUUGCCUAAAAGGUUAUUUUAGAAAAAUGAAUGUCUGUAUUGAUGAUACAGGAAUUCCAAAACGCUGUCUUCAAUUAUUAAAGACUCCCGAAGAAACUCAAUCAAACAACGUAAAAUUAUCUCAUUUUACCAGUGAAAAAGCAAAAUUUCCUAUAAGAAUUAAAAGUACAAAAAACAAUGUACCAAUCGUUCAUGCUCUUGUAGACUCAUCCUUAGAAAGGCAAUGCUUUCAAAUAAUAGAUGCUGCAGGAUCUAAGGGCGUAACACAAUCAGCUAUUAGUCUUGGAAUUCAGGCAACAGAACAACGUAUUUUAAGCAGAAUUCUAGAACGAAUGGUCGAAUUAAAAGGUGAAGGAUAUGAGCGUUUCGGUGUUGUGCGUUAUUUGGAAUUUGAAGGCAGAAUGAGGAGAUACCGCUAUUAUACUUAUGCUGCUUAUCAAGCAACACAAAAUGUCGAUAUUGAAAUACCACCUUUACCUGAAUCUGAAGUUGAUGAAUCCAAGCUCACUGAAAAAAAUAUUUUCGUAGAUGUACCUCAUACACAAAAAGGUGUCAAUAAUAUUAUUAAAAACAUGAGAAAAGAUGGUGAUUCCAGUGCUUUAACUGCUACUGGUAAAUCUAAAAAAAAGCCUGAAGCAAAAAAAGGAAGACCUAGACAAAAUGUCGAGCCUACUACAAUUCAAAAGAAUACUAAAAGAGGACGACCUCCAGCUUCAGCCACAAACAGUAGGCCGUCAAAGAAGUCUAAAAAUAUAACUGAUAACCAAUCAGAAUCCAAUACUUCUGAUACUUUAGAUAAUGCUGAUCAACCUGUUCAUACCGCCAACUCAGAGGAAGAUGCUACAACUUCAAUAAUUGCUAAACCAUCUAAUGCUGAAUCAUCUACUGCUAUGGAUAUGGAUAAUAAUAUUACAUCUGAAAGUUCUUUAUUAAAUCCAUCUGAAUCGCAACCUACUACAGCACUUAUGCCUUCAACUUUGAAUAAUAUUCAAGAACCCCAACCGAUUUUACAAGCGCAAUCAUCACAUACUACAGAGCAAAUUGAUCCAGUAGAUUCAAUACAGGAUAAACAACAAACACAGCAGAUACAACAGACUCAAAAAGAGCCAAAAAAGAAAACAAUUAUCGAUUAUUUUAGUAAAGUUUCAAAGCCAAGUAACGCACCUGUCAUUCCAGCUACUAAAUCUGCUCCUACUUCUAAAACACAAUCGGAAGCAGCCUCUUCAAAUUCAGUAGAGAAUAUGUCAACCGAUUCUGCAUCAGAUUUAGUUGAAUCUUCAAAUGAACCUCUUUCAGUUAAUGUUAAUAAUAAUUCUGAACUUGAAUCUACUUUAAUAAUACUGAAUGAAGAUAAGCCAUUAAUGGUUGAAACGGUAAAUCUUGAAAUCCCAAACACUUCAUCCAUAUCAACUCAAGAAACAGCAGAUCCUGGUACUUGUACACCACCUUCUAAAAAAGAACUUAUCCCUAAACAUCAUCAUGUGAAUAUAUCAAAGCAGGUGAACCAGUAUUUACAAACUCGUCUCGAAGUUGUUAAUGCUGUAUUGCAAGAAACGCCUAUUGUUGAAAUGGGCAAACCACUAAAGGAUGCAUAUUUAAAGAAAUGUGAAGAGCUUAAUGUAUCUAAAAGAUAUAAUAUUUGUAACAAGACACUUGCUAGAACAGUAGAUGAAUUAGUUAAACAGGGUUUAGCCAAGAUUGAGAUAGCUCCAUGUCCUUUAUUAAAUGGAAAAAUUUUAAAGCGAAAGUUAGCUGUUCGACAUGACAUUGACACAGAAAGUGAAGAAUAUCAUAGUUACAUUCGUACAUUACAGGAUCGUAAAAUAUUUUUAGCACCUUCUUAUUCAAUUUGUAAGGUUGAAACAAUAGAUAUACCAGUUGAGCGAUUAGACGAACGUAUUGAACGUAUGAAGGAUGAACACAUUAAUUCUCAAGGUGACUCUAGGAAAGCUGAAGCCUUUAAACAACAUCUUGAAAAAUACGCUAAAAAUUUGAAACUAUUUGGAAGAAAAUAUGAGAUAGGUAAAUCAUCUUCUUGGCCAAUCCGAUCAUUACAAUUGGGUUGGAUUCGUGCACGUAUGGUUCGUAGUAAAAUUCUACAUCAAUUUUUAUUCGAUUUGUUUGCAAAAGAUGAGAACUUACUCGAGGUAGACAAGGUUGAGUGCAAAAUUAGUCUUCGAGCUAUAAUGAAUAACAUGACUAUAUUAUUACUAUGUCAAAUGAUUGGUGUCGGAAACCCAACGGAUGAAGUAAUCAAUUUUGUACAGGAUCCUAAGAAUGCGUCAGUUAUUUUAGCUGACAUACCUAAAAAGAUAAAGGGUCAAUUAUUCACAGCUAAAAACAGAUUUAGAAAGCGAUUAAUUGAUCUUUUAACUGUUUUGGAAUAUAUUGGGAUUGUGACUCCUUAUAACAUGAAUACGAAUACCUUGAUGGAAGAGACAAGCCCCUUAAAAUUUACUGGUAUGGCAGUUGAAUACAAGUUAAAUAAUUUAUUAGUGAUUAGGGAUAGAAAAAGGAUUGGACAGCCUAUUGUGCGCGAACAUACAAUAGUCAGCAAAUCAGAUCUUAAUCGCUUUUGGAGUGAACUUAAAUACGCUUGUACGAAUCCUGAGAUUAAGGAUAUCCCUGAACAUGAGCAAGCUCCUGAACCUACAGAUCUAAAUGAGUUGAUGCUAUUUAGAUCCUUGUACCAUUAUGUUAAUUGGACUGCUCGUUCUGUAUUUAAUAGUGCACAAAGAAAAGUACUUAAUAGUUAUAUCGAUAAAACCGAAAUGACUACACCCCUCGAUAAUCCUGUAGUUAUUCGAACUAUUGCAGAUUCUUUAAAAGUUAAGGUUUCGGAAGUCCAUAGCUAUUAUCAAAAAGUUGAAAAUGCUAUUGAAUCUAAACGUGAAUUUUCUGAAAGGAAGAAAGUUGAGCGUCGACUUGUACCUUAUGUGCGUCGCAAAGUUAAAGGUAGCUCAAUUAGAGAUAAGCGUCGUGUAGUUACGCUCAGCAAUGGUCGUGCAUUCCAACAUAUAGGAAGGCCUAAAGGCAAUAAAAUACAUAUUCUUACUUUGGAGCCUGAAUUAGAGACACAUACCGAUAAAGAUGAACAGGCCCUUACUGGAAAUGAACCCAGGGACCAAUUGCCUUUCUUGGAUGACAUAGAUAAAAUUCCUGUCCUUCAAAAUGAUACAAAUAUAGAUAUAAGAAAAACACGUAGGAAGCGAACUACAUGGACUGCUCAAGACAAUGAGCUUUUAGUUUUAUCUCAAAUUGUCUUACGUAAACGUGCUACUAAUCGUCGCUUUUUGUGGGCUGCUGUGAAACAAAUAUUCCCUGAUAAAUCAUUAAAUAGUUGCCGAAACCAUUUUGAUAAAUUAAUGUUAAAGCCUUCAUAUGUAGAGUUAUUUGAAUCUAACUCAUUACUUUGGGAACAUAUUUAUGAAGAAGGUAUUCAAAGUGGUGAACUUCAAGACCAUGAUCCAGAAGAAAUAAUCCAUUUUGAUCUUCUUGGGUUUGUUACGUAUUUUAUUAAAAAAAUGGUUGAAGAUAAAAGCAGUGGCCAUGAUAAAAUUCGUCUUCCUCGUACUCUAGAAGAACUAGACAAAAAUUACACCAUUAUUAAAAAUAAUAAUGAACAUACUGUUUAUUUCGAAGAUUUAUUCCAUGAAAGACCAAGUAUCACUGCUAAACAAUUAGUUCUUUAUGAUCAUACAUAUACAUUACGAAGAUAUCAUGAUAACAAGUACGAUCAGCCAGAUUAUUUAUUAGAAGUAGAAAAUGAUAAAUUCAAAAGACAGUGCUCUAUGUUCCAAUCUUAUGCAUUGAUGAGUCUCAUAACUCCUAUCGAAGUUUUUGAUCCAUUCUUCUCUUACUCAAUUUUAAAAAAGUUCCCUCAAGAAGUUCAUGAUAAAAUGCUUAAUGAAAUGAACAAAAAUGGCAUUUUAAUUAAAAAACGUAAAGAGCGUGCUCUUCCAGGUACUUUGAUGAGUUUAUCUGCUAAAUUUUUUAAUACUAUGGUCGGGCAACUUCCAGAAAAUAUGUUUAAACAAGCAGUAGAGUAUGAAAAGUUCUUAUCAGCUGCAAAAAGUAAAGUGCGUUUUUCUGCCGAAUUCGUUAGUAGCGGAAUGAUGGCUUGUUUAUUGAAUCUUAUUUCAGAAAAUAAGGUUUUAAUUACUAUGGCCAAUCUAGAAAAAGAGCUGAAGCGAAUAGAAUUAUUGCCUUCUAUAUCUAGAUUAAUUGAUGCAUCUUUAAUUCAAUUUGAAAUAGAUAUAGAAAAAGUUAAUGAUAAUGACGAAUUUAUGUCAUAUAUUCCUUCUCUUGACAAGCUUCAUUUGAAAACAUUGAAUACAAAUGAAUUCAAAAAUGCAUUAUCAAGUUUCUUACUUACACAAGAUCAAGCCUUCAAUACAUUAUCUAAAUAUAUUGUAGAUUUACUUUACCAGGAGGCUGAGCUUGGUUUAUCUUUAUAUCAGCUUAAACUUAAAUUGAAUAACUCUUAUUCUGAUAAAGAUAUAUUGCGGGCACUUCAACUUCUUUGUUCUAAUGAUCCAGCCUUAGUAUGUCGUGUUGGUUUCAAUAUUGUUCGCUAUAUUCAUAUAGCCUUUAUUAAUGAAUGGGCCAUCAUUAACAAAAAUAUUGUUACACCUUCGGUUAGCGAGAAAACCAAAGAAAGAAUGAUAGAAGCCAAUAUAGAAACUGAUAAGAAACCAGAGAAAGAAGAAAUUAUUAUACCUUGCUUAUGGACUGAUGUUAAUGGGCAUGCUACAGAUAUGGUUAUAAAAGGCUGCAAAGAUGCUAUUAUUGACAUUGUCCUAAGAAAGCCUGGUAUUACUGAAUCGGAUAUUUAUCGUCAUUUGAGUUCUGGACUUACUCGAAGAGAAAUUCAAGAACUUUUGAAUAAUUUGGUUGAGCAAAAAGCCUUAAAACAAACACAAAUAAUUGUUGAUUCUAGUACUCAAACAAAGCCGUCCAUUUUUGGAAAAAAGAUGGCAUUUAGAUGUACAAACGAUUUUACUAUCGAGAAAUCGACUCAAACUUGCUUCUGGGUUACGCCACAAGUUUACAUGGCCAUGAGUUAACCACAAAUAUGUGAAUAAAGGAUCACACAUACUCUCUCUUUUUUUUUUUAAGGAAAAAUACACUAAAUUAAAUUACCUUCAACAUGUUUUUAUGCAUUACGCCCU